AUGGCUGGUCUGGGUCCGCGCGUGCUGCAGGUGCUCGAGUUUGCCAACGCCCGUGCGCCGGAGCUACAAGCGCUGCACGAGCUGUCGCAGCACGAACCGUUCGCCCAUGACGCGGACAAGAAGGUCGAGACCCAGAAGAACCAGCGGCGCCGUCGAGCGAACGCUUUCAAGUCGCACAAGAUGCCCCAGCGCCUCCGGUCCACACUAAAGACGUCUACUUCCUUGCGUUGCCGGAAGCACAACCGUCGGCCCCAUACGUUGAUCCAAAAGCGGUCGUGUCUAUCGGAAGAGUCAGAGACAGGCCGGCCGCGCUGGCUUCCGUCGCACUUGUACCAUGCCAAGCGCAUGGCGAUGGAUGCACGUUAUGGCUACAUUUUGGCCGUCCACCGAGCCGACAAGAGCGUGUCUGCGGCAUUGCAAGCUGUCCGGAACAAGGCCGUGCUACACGAUGUUAGUUAUUACGGAGUUAUUGAGCUCUAUGGAGUGCCGUCAGUGCUCUUGACAGCGCUGCAGCUGAUUUCGGACCCGAAUGGAUCGGACUUUCAUGGACUGCGGUUUCUCGCUGGAGACGAAGAAGGACACAGCAUGUUGCAUCACAUGGGACGAUUUCCACAAGGUGCGAUUGCACCAGUGACGUUUAUGUGGAGACCGUUGAAGAAAGACUACAGUUGUGGGCGGUUCGUGCUGCACCAAGACUGGCAAAGCGCCAAGAGGCAGUUAUGGCUAUGGGUGCAUCCUGCAGCGUAUAUGGAAGCAGCAACGGCGAUCGCAUCAGCUUGUCAGGAAGUUUGCAGCAACGAUGAAGAUGGCGUUGAAAUGCUGGAUCGGAGAGGACAAUUGUGCCGAUUAAAGCUGCGUGGACGACUUGCUAACGAACUUGUGGCAAGCAUUGCAAGCACUGCUGGCGAUAAGAUAAGCAAUGUCGAUAAAGUCGAUGGUCUGAGCACCCAGGAUGCGCAGGACGGAACUGUGUCCGACCAUGAGGAUGGAUUUGAUGUAAAGGAGGCAGUCGCUCAGUGUUGUAGUGGCAAUCGACGAAAGUUGCUGCGCGCUCUUAGCAAGAAAAAUACGAAGAAGCAGGACGAUGAGCAGAUGUGCACUGUUUAUGCCAUUGCGGUGGAGGAUCCGCGUGUCGCACGUUGGAACACAAGUGCUUCGUGCCAUCGGUUGACCGGUGCAGAAACGGGCUUAUCUUUGCUGAACGAGCCUCCUGCGUAUGCAGUGCCAGAUCUCGGCAAGGACGUUAUUCCGAGUCCGCUGUCUGGGGCUAGUCUCUCGUCACUCGGUAAAAACGCAGAGGAGCCCGAGUCGGAAGUGAUUAUGAACGAACUUCAGGCAUUGCUGAGCUGGACUACAUGUAGCUCUGAUUUAACUCGUGUGACGGAAUCCGGUCCAUUGCGACAUCUGAGCGCGGUCGAUGGUGAUAAGCAAAAGAAGCCGGAUGAUGGGGGAGACGCCAGUGAAAUGGAUAAGGGUCCGACGCCCAACUCGCUGCUGUGGUCGUCGUCUAUGAGGCUAAAGCUUGAGAGUAAUUUCCGCAAAGACCACAAGCUUAAUGAAACGAUAUUCCGUCAUCGAAAAGGGAACAAGCUUGGCCAUACUUCGGAUGCAGUGCACGUACAGUCCCAGGCGCUCAAUCUCUUGCUGGUCAAGAAGCGCGAGCCGUUUCCUCACACAAGUGGUUGGGAUAUCAUCUGUCUACCAUCUAGUGUGCCCAGCAUACUGAAGACGCUGGUAUUUGGUGGUGCCAUGGUCGUUGGGCUUAAGGAAGACGCCGCGCUGAGUACCGUGUUGCACCAACCAAGCUUUCCGUGUGAUUACCCAGACACACAAGCUGGGCAGCUCUAUUGGGAAGCUCGUGCGCGCGACCUAGAGACUGAACAGGCAAAGAAGCCAAAGGCGAAGCGCUUUAGCAAUGGAAAGCAUAGUGCUAAGCCUUCUUUCGAACCACGAUGGGAGCUACUUUUCGACGAGCAUAAGCGCGACGGUGAUGCAAAGGGUGAGGACAGGAUGAUACCUUGUGUCGUGCGCGGGGAUACGUACAUGCAGCCAUUUUGCUUUCACCGGUCAGGGAACGCUACCGCGGAAGUCAAUGAUAGGAUGCCAGUACCGACUUCUGGUGUCAAUGCAAUUGUGCCGGUGGCGAUGCCAACUCUUGUUCGUGUCGUUGUUAUCGUUCCGAGACGUGGCAAUAUCGACGUCAACGCUAUGCUUUUCGCACCUACAGCCGGGGACGUAGACAGGUUUGAGAAUGACAUCAAUUGGAAGGGUGCCGACACAGGGGUUUCGGAAAACAAAACCUGGGACAAGAGUGCCGAGAGAGAUGAGCGGUCUCUCAUUGGGUUCGUAACUUCAGCAAUCUACGAUCGACCCAAGGGCGCUUUUCGUGCAGUCGGGUUCGUCGCUUGUGAACCGCUUCAGCAGCUCUUUCUAGCAAAGAAAGAUCAGCGGUAUCGAAAGCAAGAUCACUGUGCUCUAGCCAUGCUUCGAUCACCGCGAGGUCGAAUGGUUCGCCCCGUGCUCGUCCAAGUUGGAGCAUAG